AUGAGAAGCUUUGUAGAUGAUACCACAGAGUUGUGCAUAAUUUACGAUAGGCAUCCAAGUAUCAAAAAGGCAGUUUCAAUUGUCUUCCCUUUAUCUCAUUAUGGUUGUUGCAUGAAGCACCUUGGGGAAAAUCUCCGAACCACCUUUCACAAUACGAAGGUCGUAUCUCAGUUUUAUAAAGCAGCAAAAUCGUACAAUAUAGAUGAGUUCAAUGACCAUUUCAAUCAAAUAAGAGAUACCGUGCCUAGGGCUUCCGAACAUCUUGAACGUGUUGGAUUCCACAGAUGGAGCGGUAUUCUUCCCGAAAUAGGUAUUCAUACAUUACUUUUUCCAACAAGUAACACAUAUGUUGGAGCAACUACCUCACUUGUUGCAACAGGAGAUUUGCAGAAAAAUUUCAUGAGAGGCGUAUGGAGUUCAUCGACUCACCAAACAUCUUUGUUCCUUCAGUUGAAAAAAAAAAUUUCAAAAUUUGUCAACUUGGGGAACAAGUUAUUAGCCCAUCAAAUUGCCAACUACAAGUUCAGCGUCAUCGGUCACGGUGCAGUUGCGACAAUCGAUCUGCAAAGUAGAUCUUGUACUUGUAGAGUUUUUGACCUGGACAAAAUACCUUGUCCACAUGCAAUGGCAGCGCUUCGUGUCCAAUAUGGUGACGACUUUGGAAGGCGAAUUUAUGACUACUCAUCUCCAUAUUAUAAGGUGGAGAAUUACAUAAUUGCAUAUUGUGAGGAAAUUUGUCCUGUGCCUUCUGAAGAAUCUUGGGAAGUUCCUUUGGAGAUUUUAGAGAGAGAAAUACCUCCUCCAUAUGUUGAUCCAAGCAAACCGGAAGAAGGCGGACAAAGAGGAGGCGUGGAAUCGGGGAAUCAUUUCCAACGAGGAAAAACAAAUGCUCCUUAUGCAAACAGCUGGCCACAAAAAAACAACAUGUCCAAGCCUAAAUGCUCCAUAGUUGUAAAUAGCAUUAUGCUUUAA